UACUGAGUGUGCAUCUUUUUAAAUUCUACAAGUUUUUAGAAGCAGUAGAUGGCUUCAAUUCGAGUUCCUGAGCAAAAGGUUAUUUUGUGUGGAGAAUAUGGUGUAGGAAAAAGUUCAAUUUUUCGAAGAUACACCAAUAAUACUUUUGUAACUGCUACCGACAGAAAAUCGACUUUGGGAUUGGAUCAUUGUUCUAAAUUGUUUCAUGUCUGUGAUAGAGAUUUAAAGCUACAACUGUGGGAUACUGGAGGAAUGGAAAGGGUAGCUUCCAUAACGUCGAGUUAUUACAAAUUUGCUGAAGCAGCCAUUUUAGUCUUUUCAUUCGACAACCCAGCAUCAUUUCAUGUCCUCUCACAACACUUAUUAGAUAUCGUUACUUAUGCUGAGAAUGCCAAAAUCUUUUUAUGUGGAAAUAAAUGUGACUUAAUAGACGAUCCUCCUCAAAUAACUGAUGCAGAAAUUGAAGCUUUUUGUCUUAGUGCAUGCACAGUAUUUACAUGGUCUUCCCCAGCUUUAGUCAAAUUAGCUAGCAAUGAUACGGAUAUAAAUCCCUUGGAAACACCGAUAACAGACUUUGAAGAAUCUUGGAUAGCUUCUGCAGCAGCUUUAGGGCUUAUAUUUGGAAGUAUGUUGGCAGGCCUAUGUGCAGGAAAGUUAGGACGCAAGAAAACUGUGAUACUUUUUGGCGUAUUAGAUUUAAUAAGUUUUAUUUUAAUAGCUCACGCAAAACAGGUUAACUUAUUUUAUAUUGCUAGAUUUAUAGCGGGGUUGAGUGGUGGAUGUGCAGUAUCUGUGAUUCCCAGUUAUGUAGCUGAAAUAUCUGACGAUGCUAACAGAGGAUUCUUUAAUUCAAUUCUAAGUAUUAUGGGCGCUGUUUCAUCUCUGUGUAAUUUUGCUAUUGCCCCACUGAUAUCUAUAAAAGCUUUUGCUUACUUUUUUAUUGGUGUAUUAACUUUAUUCUUUAUUACAUUUGUACCUUUUGUACCUGAAACUCCGUAUCACUUCUUGGAACAUCAAAAUAGUUUCAAAGCGGAAAAGGCUCUUCUGAAACUACGCAAAAGCGUAGACGUUAGAGACGAGCUAGAUUAUUUAAGAGAACUUGUUUCAAAAAAUAAAAAUAAGACGGGUUCCUGGAGGGAUAUUUUUGAGUCCAAAGCAGCAAGGAAUGGUUUGUGUAUCUGUUGUAUUUUAUUAAUUUUUCAACAAUUCAUGGGAUCCAACUUUUUUGGAUUUUACAUGCAAACGAUUUUAGAAGCUAGCGGAAAUAUUAUUCCGUCUCAUAUUGCUUCUAUUAUUGUAGGAGUCAUUCAAGUCUGUAUUUGUGUUGUUUCCAGUCUUCUAAUAGAUAGACUUGGAAGAAAAAUAUUACUUAUUACUUCUUCGUUGGGUGCUGGUAUAUCAAUGUUAGGAGUUGGUGUUUUCUUCGCUUUUAAAACACAUGGAUACAACGUGGAUUCCUUUUAUUGGUUGCCAACGUUGUGCAUGGUAAUCUCUGUUGGAUGUUUUAACAUGGGAUAUGGUCCAAUUCCGUGGACAAUUUGUGGAGAAUUAUUUUCCACAGAUGUAAAAGCAUUAUGUGUUAGUAUAGCCUCUUUCAUUGGAUUUACAGUAUCAUUUAUAAUAGUGGCAUUAUUUCCUCAUAUAACGGCAAUGUUAGGGUUCAGCACACCAUUAAUUUUUUUUGGUGUACUGGCACUGCUUAGUAACUUUUAUCUGGUUAAAUUCGUUCCCGAAACUAAAGGAAAGAGUUUUGAAGAAAUUCAGUUUAUUUUGAAAGAAGGACAAACAUCCUGA